GUUGCUUUCAACUAGUAAACAUGUUUCGUGUCAUGGAAAAUGCACGCUGGAAAUUUUCUAAAUAAUUUCGAAUUUAUGUAAGUAUUUCUGAGGUUUAUCAUUAUUGAAUACUUUGGAACAGUAGAAUUGAUUGUUUAGAUAACAGUUUUUGUAUCAGCAAGUUAUUAUCAUUUGGAUAAUGGAGUCUGAAAGAGAACAAACUUGUUCCGGUCAAGAAUUUCAAGAUGGCCGAGGUCAUGACUCAUACAGUGACAAAGGCUUAGAUAGCCAGGCUAAAGGCUUAGGUAGCCCUGAUGAAAACAAUAAUGGCUUAGAUAGCCGACAAACUAACAAAGGUCUUGAUAACCCAAAACAUGUUAGGCUAAACAAGAGGAAAUCACAUGAAAAUGUGGAUCAUCUUGAAAAAAGUGUCAAAAGGAAGAAAAAUGAUGAUAUCAUUAGCUUUGGAUCAGCUGGAGGUUUGGAUUCAUUUAAAAUUCCUAAAAAGAAACACAGAUCAAAAUCAAGGAAAUAUGAUACAUCAUCUAGUAGCUCAGAUGAUAGUGAUAGUUCGAGCUCAAGCUCAAACUCAAGCUCAGAUUCAAGUACUGACAAAUCCUUUUUUGAUCCACUAUCCGAGUCUAAAAAGAACCAGUGGAAGUUGGAUAAAUCACACUCUGCCUUUAUAAAGAAAUAUUGGGCAGAAGAAACAUUGACUAGAGAAACGUAUGAUAAAAUGGUGGACAAGGUUCCUUUACCGAAGUGUGAAACUUUGAAAGUGCAAAAAGUGAAUCGGCAGAUUACAAAACUUUCAAGUAAAGCUGCCAAUAAAAAUGACAAGCAUUGGCAAACAGUCCAAAACAAACUGAUAGAUGUUAUGGGUCCUCUUUGCACUAUUUGGAAACUGAUAGAGUCUAAUGAUCUGGACAAGAAAAUGAUAAAAACGCUUAUUCAAAAAGCAAUUCUUAUUGCGGGUCAGACAAACCAAAUGCUAUCGUAUUACAGACAUUAUGAGCUUUUGGCUCCAAUAUUGAGCUUUGACAAACAAGAAAUCAAAGAGUUUCUCAGAGUCAAUAAGAAGCGGUUCAUUAGUACACCAAAAUAGUUGUUCGGAGAGAAAAGUGUCAAGAAUCUGAAAUCGUUAGCCAAAGAAAGGAAAGAUAUGGCUUUUUUGAGAAAAAACCUCAAAACUGAAAGAUCUAGAGGUUCAAGGUAUUUUAGCAAGCCCUUUCGUGGGGGCCACUCUUCAAGUGCCAGUCAGAGAAACCAGCAAGGAGAGUGGCAAAGCAACUCUGAUAAAUCCAGAGGCCGAGGUCGAGGUGCAGCCAGAGAUGCUGAUAAAGACCAAAGCUCAAACAGGACGUAACCUCAGACAACAGAAGAGAUACCACUAG